CCCGCCCAAACCAUUCUCAUAUUACAACCGUCCGAUUUGCACAUAAAAAUCAACGUCACCCCAUCCUCAUCCGCCUUCUCAUCUGUGGCUUGUAGCAUCACCCGCGAACUGCAAACACCCCAUUACCAGUCGCCGGAAUCACCCGGAGUGAGGAAUCUUCCCUCCUUCACCCGAUUAAUAUCAUCUCCCACCACCGCACCUCUUAAUCUUCGUCGCUUCUAUUCGCCCGCACCAGUCCACCUCUCUCAAAUACGAUUGAAGGAGAUUCCGCAUCAAAAAAUUAUUCUGCUCCAGCAAGCUGUUAGGGCAAGGUUGAAGAUGAAGAAUAAGCUCCGAGAUGGAUUCUGAUUUCAUAAAGGUUAUGCGUUUUUCUCUUAUUUGAAUUUAGUCAAUUUUCAAUUCAUUUUUUUAAGCUCAUAUUUUCAUUGUUUUUCUUUGCCAAUUUAUUUGAUUAUAAUCACCUUCUUUACUUUGAAGGCAGAUUCUAUGCAGCCUCAACAUACUCUUCUCCAAGUUUCUUCACUUUUUCACCCUUUUAAAUGAGAAAAUUAGCAUUUUUUGUCUUUGGAGGAAAUUGUAUUAGGGUUGUUUUCACAUUCUUGCUGAAAUGAGUUUAGUUGCCUUCAUGGUGUUUUCAAGUAAAUUCUACCAUUCAUUUGGAAUGAAUGAAAUAUAUAUUAGUGUGUUUAUCUUGAUAUUGCAUUAAGAUUGUUUGGCUAGAAUGUGACUGAGAGCUUAUUGUGAAUAUAAUUUGAUAAGAAUUCUAGAAUUCUAAAAAUACUAAUGCUUCUUGAAUGAAACAAUGGAUUCUCUGGCCAGAGAUGUUCACACUUUAUGCUAACCAAAUUUUUCAGCAGGCCCUAAGUUUAGUAAGUUACUCAUCUAAUUGUUAAAAGUGAGACAAUGAACUCAUUGAACUGUACAACGUCCUUUUCUUUUUGUUAUGUUUGUUAACACAGAACAACACGAAAAAUGUACCAUGUUGGUGAAGUUAAACCAUUAAUUAUACUUCUAGGGAUUUCAAUUAUACUUCUAGGUAUUGCAUAUGUAUUUAAGAUGCUUUUUAAGGGCUUAAAACUAUGGUUUCCAUAUAUCCCGAUAAAGGUAGCUAAUGUACUUUAAGAAACUUUAAUGAAUUUGUUAGCAGACUUAAACUCAACUAUUUUGCUUGAUCUAAGGUUAAAGGAAUUUUAUUAGCCUACAUACUCUAAUGAAUUUGUUUAGCUUCCGUUUUGCAGUUUACCACUUCUAGAAUAUCAUCUCCUACAAGCUCUCAAUCACCAUUGAAAGAAUUUAGGGAAAUGAAAAAUAGCAGGAGAGAAUAUACCUUCAUGUAUAAGUUAACUUUGCUGUCCGAAUUGUACGCAAAGGAAUGUUGUGAGAUUGCCAAGACAGUUAGUGAUUGCUUGGACCAAGGGUUAUUUUGAUGAUGGGUAUAUCAAUAAGGAGAAUACAGGUACAAUUUUAGAGCUGCAAGAUUUCAAAAGACUCCUUCAUCUAAAGUGUAGAAAUUGAUGAUGAUGAUUUUCUGCCCAAGAAGCUGGAGGUGAAGCUCUAUGGAGUUGAUUCCCGAAAAGGAUGGAAUUAUCUAGGCUGUUUACAAGGCAAAUAUAUGUGGCAAAGUUGUUCAAGGUCAUAUCCAGAAAAUAAUGAGAAAUUGAAGGGAUGUAAAUAUGUCUACAGCUCGAAAAGGUGGCUUAGAACAACACCCAGUUUUAGCAAAGAGUAAAAGUUGUCCACAGCUUACUGGAACCAGUUAUGGGCAUUGUACUGCUUUACAUAAUGGUAUCUUUGAUGCUCACGCAUUGCAAUAGCUUACCAAAAACUCUUGUGUUUAUGUUGAAAUCAGGUUUAGAACAAUGGUGAAGUUAAAAGCAUACCAAAAGUUUGUGUGCAUUGAGAGAUUGAAGGGUUUGCCCUGUAAAAGCGAAAGAAAGUGUCAUCAAUGUUUCUUUUGAUGAACAACGUUUAAGAUUGCUUUGGUGGAGUGCAUUCAGGAAUUUCUUAGGUUUUGAG